UCGUCGUUCUGAAACAGCUGCUUGCUGCUGUCAAAUAUUACGACUCAUUAACAACAAAACGUUAUAGAAGUAUUGCAGCUGAUAAUUCCAAUUUUCUCGAGUAUUAACGUGUUAAAUUCUUUUACGGGAGUAACUGGUGCUUGAAGAAUAAUUUAAAGAUGUCCUACGCGUAUUUGUUUAAAUACAUUAUCAUUGGAGACACAGGGGUCGGAAAAUCAUGCCUGCUUUUGCAGUUUACUGACAAAAGGUUCCAGCCUGUUCAUGAUUUGACAAUAGGUGUGGAGUUUGGGGCGCGCAUGAUCACCAUCGACGGAAAGCAGAUCAAGCUGCAGAUUUGGGACACUGCGGGACAAGAGGCGUUCCGCAGCAUCACCCGAUCGUACUACCGUGGCGCAGCUGGCGCACUGCUGGUCUAUGACAUCACCCGGCGCGAGACUUUCAACCAUCUGACCACUUGGUUGGAGGACGCCAGGCAACAUAGCAACUCUAAUAUGGUUAUUAUGCUGAUCGGCAACAAGAGUGAUUUGGAGUCGAGGAGGGAGGUGAAGAAAGAAGAAGGCGAAGCAUUUGCCCGGGAACAUGGUCUCAUAUUUAUGGAAACUUCAGCAAAAACGUCAGCGAACGUUGAAGAAGCUUUCAUUAACACAGCCAAAGAAAUUUACGAGAAAAUACAGGAGGGUGUAUUUGACAUUAACAACGAGGCAAACGGUAUCAAGAUUGGGCCGCAGCACUCUCCCAGCAACCCAAGCCUCCCUCCUGGCAGUCAGGGGUCCAUGCAGAGCGGUGGCUGUUGUUAGAUCUCCGCGGCCGUCUCAUAAUUUACUAUUAACUUGUAAUAUAUUCCAGUCAUCAGUUAUUGUUUUCAAAUUUGAGGGGAAUGUCACAAUCUCUUAUUUGUACAUACACCCUUUGCGUGAUAUGUUCAUUGAUAGCCGAUGUGCGAAUAAAGUAUUUAUUAUGUACUUAGUUUUUUGCGUUAACGUAAUUUGACGGCCUGACUGAAUGUGUCUUCCUUAAGGCCUUUGGUGUGGAGUCAUUCAGACCAGCGUCUAGCUAGUACAGUAGACAGUGUUGAUCGGAAAGAAAAGAGUUUGGAUUUUUUACUCUAAUUUAUAUAUUGUAAUUGGCAAAUGUCCUUUGCCAUUGCUCAAGCAAAACCAAUGUUUAAUGCUGUGUACGUAAAAUACACAAGCUGUAAAACAGUAUAUUAAUGUUGUAACUAAAAUAUUUACGAAUUAUCAAGGCGUAAAUAUAUUUAAACACAGCUUUAUUAAUAUUUGUUGUGUCAAAAUUAUGUUUUUUUCGCUUGCUUAGUAGGGAAUGACUUAAAAAAGCUUAAUAUUCUAUUUAUACGCUCAGCUACACAAUGUUAGUGUUUCUUAGUUAGAUAUGCACUUAAACAAUAACAGACGUUUCCCCUCAAAUUUGUAAUAUACAGUACAGAGUAAAUACAAAUUAUGUGAUGUAAAAUUGUGUGAUUUUGUGUCUAAGUUAGCAGAGUGCAUGGUUUAUGUUACUGGCAACGUUUUAUAAGAAUGCCAGCUUGGUUCAUGUUUUCCGAGGUUGUUUAAAGAAUUAACGUUAAGAAGACUAAUUACCUUAUCAUUAUUCCAUUUUUGUUUCAUAGCAAAAAUAACGUUUUAACUCGAAUUCUGUUUUUGACACAUGCAUUUUAAUAAUUAAUCUUUGAGGCUCAUAGAAAAGUACUUUUCAAGAAUUUUUGUUAUAAGUUUUAAAGCUAAAACUCUGUUGGAACAUUAACUGGGUUUAAAGUGGCAAAUUUAGGGUAAAUGUGUCAACAAAGGAAUUUAAUGAUUGUAAUAAAAUAAUAAAAAUAAAAUAAAAAUACAUUUUACUAUUUUAAUGCUACCUAAUGGGAAUAUUUAAUGUGAAAUAUUCCCUAAACUUUAAAUGAUCACUAAACCUUAAGAAUAAACUGUAUACAGGUAAAUAUUAGUUUAAAAAAUGAUAGGUAUAUUAUUUAAAAUUUUGAAUUUAAUAGAUCUUAUUACUCUUAAUCUGUGUUAAUUAUAUAGGCCUAUACAAAAACUCCUGGCUUUAAAAAUAUGUGGUUAUACUAAUUUUAUUUCUGUCUAGAUUUCAUUAUGACUGAAUUAUGCUAGGGUGAAGAAAACGAGUAAAACAAACGUUUGACAGUAACAAUUUAUUUGAAACAUAAUAAAACUUAUUUAAUUUUUUAUGAGUAGAAAAUCUCAUAUCUGCCCAGAACUUCACGAUGUUGGAUUAUUUAUCUCUUAAGCAGGUCAUAAGUAAUUUACUUGUAACUUUUAUUCUUAUCAAUCAAUGCGUUUUACAAUGCAGUCUCACUUUUGUAGGUAAAAAUAAGUGCUUUCCACAGCUAUAAUGCUAAUUAAAAUGUAGUACAUAUGAUGUGCAAAUUUUAAUUAUGUAUUAAAAUGUGUAUUUUCAGA